CGAGAGACUGAACACUUCCUGUGUUUUGAAGACUUGCAGGCAGACAGAUGAUUGAGUAAAUCCUAUUCGCAAUGAUGCAUACGCGCUUUAUCAAUUGUACUUAUACAUACUUAGGAGAGCCAUUGCAUUUAUUUGGACUGUGAAUCAACUUUAAGGUCGGUUUCCUUACAGUUUGCGAGGAGUGAUGAAUAACUAUGUGUUCAUCAGAGUGGUGGGGAAAGGGAGCUAUGGAGAAGUGAACUUGGUGAAACACAGAGCAGAUCGGAAACAGUACGUCAUCAAGAAGUUGAACCUGACCAAGUCCACCAAGCGGGAGAGGCGUGCCGCGGAGCAGGAGGCCAAGCUGCUGUCCCAGCUGCGGCACCCCAACAUCGUGACCUACCGGGAGUCCUGGGAGGGCGAGGACUGCCAGCUAUACAUCGUCAUGGGCUUCUGUGAGGGCGGGGACCUCUACCACAGACUCAAGCAGCAGAAGGGGGACCUCCUACCUGAGAGGCAGGUGGUGGAGUGGUUUGUCCAGAUUGCCAUGGCACUCCAGUAUCUGCAUGAGAAGCACAUCCUUCACCGGGACCUUAAGACCCAGAACAUCUUCCUGACCAAGACCAACAUCAUCAAGGUGGGAGACCUGGGCAUCGCGAGGGUCCUGGAGAACCAGAACGACAUGGCCAGCACCCUGAUCGGAACGCCGUACUACAUGAGCCCUGAGCUCUUCUCCAAUAAACCCUAUAAUCACAAGUCAGAUGUAUGGGCAUUGGGAUGCUGUGUGUAUGAAAUGUCGACGCUGAAGCACGCCUUCAAUGCCAAGGAUAUGAACUCGCUGGUUUACCGCAUUGUCCAAGGGAAGCUGCCUCAGAUGCCGGGUCAGUACGACCCCCUCCUGGGCGAGCUGAUCAGGAGCAUGCUGUGCAAGAGGCCGGAGGAGCGUCCCGAUGUGAAGCUCAUCCUCAGAGAGCCCUACAUCAAGAGGCAGAUCGCCAUGUUCCUGGAGGCCACCAAGGAGAAAACCGCCAAGUCCAGAAGGAAGGCUGUGGAUGGGGCCGGUGACGCCGCUGGCAGCAGGGCAGGGUCAGGUGUCUCCCCUCAGCCAAAGAGACCGCCACAGAGCCCCCCCGGCCCACCCCUCCCCCGGCCCCCUAGGAGGGACGGCGAUCAGAACGGCCACGCCCCCACUCCCCCAGCCCGGUCCCCUUCGCCUGACCCCGCCCCCGAAGCCAGCUCCUUCUCCAGCAGUCUGGCGACCGUCAGCAGCAUCACUAUUGAUAUUGAACCAGUGGAGCAGCAGCAGCCGCCGGGCCGAGGGGAGGGGCCGGCGGAGAGCCCAGCCCAGCGGCCCCCUUCGGCAGUGUCCGGCCCCCCCAAUGCACCCCGACCCGGCCCCCACGCGGCCCCCAGGGACCGCAAGCACAAGAGGAAACCAGAGCCGUCCCGGCGGGGGGAAGGGGAGGAGGAGGGACGGAGCAGGGGGUCGCCCGGCCCCUCGCACGCGGUGGAGGCCCAAAGCGAUAAGCCACCGCCCUCGGCUGCAGAUGACAUGGACGACACCAUGGAGCUACUGAAAGAAUCGGCGUUGGAGAACCCCCCGCUGGGUCCGAGCGCGGCUCUGAGCGCUGCGGGGGUCCACAGCUCUGCAGACGAAGAGAAGGAAGCGGCGGAAAACCCCUCCAAUGGCCAAGAGAUCCUAGAAUCAACUGAAAAGCUACUGGAGCCAUUUCCAGCCAUUGCAGCUAUGUUAGGUGGGAAGAACACAACCAACCUCAAGAGACACUUGAAGGCGCACCACCCUGAUAUUUUUGACAAGGAACAACAUGAAGACCCAAGCCCAUCCUCACAUCCAGUAUCUGGGUGGGACGGACGCUGCGCUCCGGGGCUCGUGGGUCCUCACCUCUCCUUGGAGCCCUCCAUGUCCCAGCAGCACAGACAGAGGGAAGACGGACGCAUGCUCGUGGAUCAGCUCAAGUCCAGGGGGCUCUCUGCCCGGCCGCUGCCCCCCCCUCCGGCCCAGACCCCAGUGGGGGACCGGAGGAAGAGGAGCAGGGUGAGCACAGAGAAGAAGAAGACCCCCACGGCCACCUCCUCGUCGUCCUCCACUAGUCCCUCCGGUGGUGGACUACUGGCACUUCCACAGGCGCCCCCUCUGUCGGCCAGAGAGAGAAGAAGGCUGAGGCAGUCCCAGGAACAGGCCAUCCAGCCAGUAGUCCAUGCUGUGAGACGGGCGUCCUACGACGUCACAACCUAUCAGAGCAGGCAGCAGGAUGUCCGAGCCUGCAGAUCGGUCUCUGAGUGCGGCGACCCGCUCGGUCAGAACGAGCGUCUACAUGACCAGCGGUCAGAGGAGGACGACUGCAGCUCGUCCACAAGCUCCACAGAGCGCUCUGAGGGCGAUGGCAGAGAAGGGAAGACUGAAUCUACCGACAUGCAUGAUCUGGUUCAGAUGAUGACGCAGACAUUACGAAUGGAUGGCCGAGAACGUGUUAACGACAUCAUGUGUGAAAGCACUGCCUUGCCAGAGUUUAAACUCAACAGGAAGUACAGGGACACGCUGGUGCUUCACGGGAAGGCUUGGGACCAAACCGACUUUCCACUCAAUGAUUUACCGUCGGGCACCACCUCAGGGCCGGCAAAGAUUCGGAGGGCCAUCGAGUACCUGAGGACGGAUGUUGUGAAGGGCCUGGGGGUCAAGUUGUUGGACAAAGUCCUGGAGCUCAUGGAUGAGGAGGAUGACCACAAACGACAAGUGUGCCUUCGCGAACAAAUGGGAGAAGAGAAGUACCUAGCCUAUGCUGUGAUGGUGAGGCAGCUGAAGUUCUUUGAAGACAUUUCCUUCAAGGGAUGAAAAACAAAAUCUAUCCAUGUCUAACCUAAGAUGAUGUUGUGUAGUUGUUCCUAUGUUCAAGAUGUGUAACUGUUAUCUAAUAUUUUUUUUAAUUGUAUCCCAUUUUUUGCACAACUUCUGAGAUAUGUUUAGUAUUAUAACUAUGCAACGAUUAUGAAUCUUUCGAUUGUUUUUGGUAGAGUGUCAACUUCAGCAAUAUGUGCUACUAUAAAGUUUAGAAUUUUAUAAUUAAGGCUGGAAUGCAAGCUAUUGUCCGAAUGCUUUACCUUUUAAUGAAGGGCAUAGAUCACGUUUGUGCUGCUUUUCAAGUUAUGUAGGUGUUCUGUGAUUAUCUACAAGUCUCACAAGAGUCUCAAAUAAACUUUAGGAAUUUGUUACCUU